GUUGAAGUAAAUUCUGUUAAAGCAAGUGCAGACAAAGUAGUUUGUUGCGAGUUCUCAUCAGAUGGAAAAUUACUUGCCAGUGGUGGACAUGAUAAAAAGGUGGUAUUGUGGGAUACAGAAAGAGAAAAGCUAAAGCCGAAGACCAUCCUUAAAGAACAUUCAUCACUGAUUACAGAUGUUCGUUUUAGUCCAAUUAUGCCACAGCUCGCAACAUCUUCAUUCGAUAAAACUGUCAAGGUCUGGGAUACAAAUGAUCCCAAUAACUCAAUAUGCACAUUUACAGGACAUUCUACUUCUAUCAUGUCAAUAGAUUUCCACCCAUUUAAGGAUGAUCUUAUUUGCUCUUGCGAUGCAGAUUGUGAACUGCGUUACUGGAGUAUCGGAAAUGGUACUUGUCUAAAAAUAACAAAGGGUGGUACAGCCCAAAUAAGAUUUCAGCCGCGUCUAGGGAGGUAUCUUGCUGCUGCUAAUUAUAAUUUUGUAAAUAUAAUUGAUGUUGAGACAGGAGCUCUCUGGCAUUCAUUUCGGGGACAUAACAAGCCAAUCAGCUCUUUAUCCUGGGAUCCUUCUGGACAGUAUCUAGCGUCUGUCAGUGAUGACUCUGCUAGACUGUGGAGUCUCCUGUCAGGGAGUGAUGAGAACUGCAGUGAUGCCAUGAGUUGGCCUGGCAACGAAUUCCGCUCCUGUGUUUUCCAUCCUACAUACCCUUCUUUGCUAGUCAUUGGUGGUUACCUGUGUUUGGAGCUUUGGAAUAUGGCUGAGAACAAGACUCUGACCGUGCCUGCUCAUGAAGGAUUAAUUAGUGCCUUAGCUGUAUCACCUUUGACAAGCUUGAUUGCUUCUGCUAGCCAUGAUAAGCUUAUCAAACUUUGGAAGUAAUAUAAGCAUCUCUCCAAGCAUUUUUAUAAUUGUCAUUUGACUAUUUUCAA